GACAAGAGGAUCGCCCCGCGCUGAGCCGGCUGGUGGGCAGCAGGAGGCGCCUGAUCGCCGCCGGGGCGCUGGGGGUGGUGAUGGUGCUGCUGCUGGUCAUCCUGAUCCCGGUGCUGGUCAGCUCGGCCGGCACGUCGGCGCACUACGAGAUGCUGGGCACCUGCCGCAUGGUCUGCGACCCCUACGGGGGCACCAAGGCGCCCAGCACGGCCGCCACGCCCGACCGCGGCCUCAUGCAGUCCCUGCCCACCUUCAUCCAGGGCCCCAAAGGCGAGGCGGGCCGGCCGGGGAAGGCGGUGAACGCGGCGGGGGCCAUCAGCGCGGCCACCUACAGCACGGUGCCCAAGAUCGCCUUCUACGCCGGCCUCAAGCGGCAGCACGAAGGCUACGAGGUGCUCAAGUUCGACGACGUCGUCACCAACCUCGGCAACCACUACGACCCCACCACGGGCAAGUUCACCUGCUCCAUCCCCGGCAUCUACUUCUUCACCUACCACGUCCUGAUGCGCGGCGGGGACGGCACCAGCAUGUGGGCUGAUCUCUGCAAAAACAACCAGGUGCGCGCCAGUGCCAUCGCCCAGGACGCCGACCAGAAUUACGACUAUGCCAGCAACAGCGUGGUCCUUCACCUGGAGCCGGGGGACGAAGUCUACAUCAAGCUCGACGGCGGCAAGGCCCACGGAGGGAACAACAACAAAUACAGCACAUUUUCCGGAUUUAUCAUUUACGCCGACUGACGAUGCAGAAGCUAAGCCGAUGAGCUUGGACGCUGGAUUCGUGUGGCCAACAUCAGUGAAUCAAGGAUCCCAGGGGAACGCCGGCUGUGGGGCAUCUCGGUUGUGUGUAUGUGGGGAAUUCAAAUGCUACCUGACUCACAUCUGUGUUCUCAGAAACAUUAUGUAAAAAAAAAAAAAUAGAUUAAAAACAAGAUAAGCAGAUGUGUGAUCCACUACCGCCAAAGCAAAUACUCCUUGUUGUUAGUGUCCAUGUGAAUGAAGUCCUAUAUAGAUCACAAAUUUUUAUAGAAAAAUCUAAGACGCUUAAUUAUUUCUUCAGUAUAUAAGAUACUUUGGUGUACUGUGAUCCUGCUGCUCUUAUCCAUGUCAGCUUUGGUUCUUGUGAGUGUACCUGCUUUUUAUGAUCCUUGGAGUCCAUUCGUAGUGUGGGGAGGAAUGAUUGUACCCUGCAGGAGAAGGUCGAAUCGAAAUAAUGCUGCUUGUCCCCAAAGAAACUGUUUGCCUUGUACUCGUGUGAACUUUAGAGCUAGACCCGGAAAUGAUUCAACUUCAAGCCUUAACCUGGAAUUUUCUGGAUUUGAGGGAAUUCCCAAGCCUAUGGUUAUUUUCCCAUUUUCUUUUUCUUAUGAAUGUUAUUUUCUCUCUUUACUGGUGAUAGUCUUUUAAAAUAGAGGUUGAAAUUGUAUCAUAGGAUUACCUUCUAAGUGUGAAAAUGUGUAAUAUGUAUGGUAUUUAGAAAAUCCCCUGUGUGUACAUUUUGUCAGUAGAAUGUGUUUAGAUUUACUUGGAAAGUCAGAGGAAUUUAUUCUUUGGUGUUAAAUCAGACUGAGGCUUUUGCCUUCUUUGGAACAAAAGAUUAUUCAUAAGCCAGCGCACAAAGGUUUAACUUGAGCUACUGCAUGCAUCACCAGGGGGACACUAAGUAAGGCCUUCAAAUAGUUACUAUAAGUCAUGGCCUGAGGUUACUUCAAAAAGAACAAUUUCACAUAUAACCAGUAUGACAACAAAGUGUAUAUAUUUUAUAGAAAUACCUGCUACAUAUGUGUGUGUGUAUAUA